AUGAAUAUUCUUUGCCUUUUCCUGUUGACCACACUUCUAGCCUGCAGCAAUGCUUUUGCUCCAUCCAUCGGAGGUUUGAAAGUUGUUACUCAACUUGAAAUGGCUGGAGGUGAAGACGCCGCGGCGCCCCUCGUCUCCGGAGCGGACUUGGAGAUGAUGCUCACCGAAUGGGAUCAGCCUCUAGUUGUUGAUGCUUACGCCACCUGGUGCGGCCCGUGUGUCUUGAUGGCACCCGAAUUCGAAGCCGCCGCUCAAGAACUGAAGGGAAAGGUUCGCUUUGUGAAGAUCGAUACUGAUAAGGAUGAAGCCAUGGCUGCCAGAUUAAAUAUUAUGGGGCUUCCAACUUUGUUGUUCUUGGACAAAUUCACGGGCGGCGAAGGCAAAGAUGAAGAAUCUGAAGCCAAGGCGGUCCUCAAGGGAAGACUUGAGGGUGCCAUAAGAAAAGAGCAAAUUAUGGAGUUCUGCGAACACUACUUCUUUGACGGUCCAGAGCCCAAGCCUUUAUAG